AUGCAAAGAAAUAUCCGAGGUCCCCCUAAGAACCUCACCGAAAAAGUUAGCAUCGACGACUCAAAUCUUGAGAAACAGGUGAGCAUCGGAUCCGAGCUACCUCUCGAAACCAAAAAGGAGCUCGUCGAAUUCCUAAAACAGAAUAUCAAAACCUUUGCAUGGACCACCAGCGACAUGAAAGGCAUAGAUGCAAAUGUCACCACUCAUAAGCUCAAUGUAGACCCUACUUUUAAACCGAUCAAACAGAAACGUCGUAAGCUAGGUCUAGAAAAAGCCCAAGCUGUCAACGACGAGGUCGAUCGACUAACAAAGGCCGGGUCCAUCCGAGAGGUACAAUACCUGUACCUCGCCGUGUCGGCAGCUGCAGUCAGCGGAGUGCUAGUACGAGAGGAACAAAACGAACAGAGACCUGUCUAUUAUACUAGCAAAAGCUUAAUAGACGCCGAGACGAGAUAUCCCACCAUGGAAAAACUAGCCCUAGCAGUCGUGACAGCUGCCAGGAAGCUGCGACCUUAUUUCCAAUCGCACUCGAUCAUAGUAAUGACCUCACAACCAUUACGGACGAUUCUGCAUAGCCCUAGCCAAUUCGGACGAUUAGCCAAAUGGGCUAUAGAGCUCAGCGAAUACGACAUCGAGUACAGACCCCAAGCAGCAGCAAAAGCUCAGGUCCUCGCCGAUUUCGUUAUUGAGCUAGCAUCCGAACAUCUAGACCAGGAAACAGAGGCCAAGUACGAAGCACUAAUCGCUGGAUUAAAGCUCGCCCUGAGCCUCGAAAUUCGGGAGCUAAACGCCUAUAGCGACUCGCAGCUGUUUGACAAGUUCGAGCUAACGAGGAUCCCACGAGGGGAGAACUCCUCAGCAGACGCGCUCGCCGCGUUAGCUUCCACAUCCGACCCUCUCGUAAAACGAAUUAUACCCGUGGAAGGAAUCGAGAAGCCAAGUAUCGACAUAGCUACCAAGGCUGAGAUGGAUAGCAAACCAAAGGAAAAAAUAGAGGAUAACAGCCUCCCGACGGUAGCUACCCAAGUUUUCACGACAUUCUGGUUCCCGAAAACUAGAACACGCAGCUUUAGAAAGCACACCUCCAGGAAAGCAACCCAGAACCCGAAAAACAACGACAAAAGUGAAGGUACUCACCGAAGUUCAGACUCCCUAGAGCCUAACUCUACGAGUACCUCCGGGGGCACCAUCCAGACCUCGGAACCACUUGUCUAUAAAGUCCAAACAAGAAGCCGCACCGCUCUUAAAAACGCAUCUAGGAACGCUACACAAACCACAGGGGAUAACGAGGAAAUUGGAGAUAUUCCUCAGAACCUAGAACCUACUCCAACGAAUAUCUCCGGGGGCACCACGGCACCAGGUCCCGAACAGGAAUCUCCCUCCUCUCUUCACAACAAAGUUGUAGGGAGAGAAGACUGGAGAAUACCGAUCAUGGAUUACAUCCUAGAGGGAAAAAUUCCACCCAACAAGUGGGAGGCUCGAAAACUCAAAGCUUUAGCAGCAAGAUACUGUAUAAUCGAGUCAGCCCUCCACAAACGAAGUGUCUCCGGACCUUACCUAAAAUGCGUUCACGGCCUAGUAGCUAUGAAACUCAUGAAGGAAAUGCACGACGGUUCCUGUGGAAACCAUUCCGGAGGCAGAGCCUUAGCCAUCCGAAUAAAAAGACAAGGCUACUUCUGGCCUACCAUUAUCGCAGAUUGUGAGGUCUACUCCUCAUCGUGCGACAAAUGCCAAAGGCAUGCACCGAUCAUACACCAACCAGCGGAAAAGCUGUCUAACAUAUCAGCUCCCUAUCCGUUCAUGAGGUGGUCUAUGGACAUUAUAGGUCCAUUAGUACCUUCAGGGAAAGGAAAGAAGUUACUAAACCUCCUGGUCCUAACCGACUACUUCACGAAAUGGAUUGAAGCUGAAGCUUUCCAACAAAUAAACAGAUUCGAGGUCGAAGGAUUUGUUUGGAAAAACAUCGUAUGCAGGCAUGGCGUCCCAUACGAAAUCGUAACCGACAAUGGAGGACAGUUCAUAUCCCACGACUUCAAAAGCUUCUGCGAUAAAUGGAACAUCCGCCUCACCUUCUCAUCACCUCGGCGACCUCAAGGGAACGGACAGGUGGAGGCUGCCAACAAAUCAGUUUUAGCAAACCUCAAGAAACGCCUAGAAGCCCAAAAGGAGCUUUGGUCGGAAAAACUACCCGAAGUACUAUGGGCCUGCCGAACCACCCCACGAAAAGCUACAGAGGAAACUCCCUUCUCCUUAGCUUACGGGAUGGAAGCUGUCGUCCCAGCAGAAACCACCGCAGGUAGCCUCAGACGGGAGCUCUGCACCUCAAAUCCCGCAGCUAAUAACCAGCUCCUGAUGGAUAGCCUCGACUUGAUCGAGGAAAGACGAGACCAAGCCUUGCUUCGCAUUCAAAAUUAUCAGCAAGCAAUGGCACGACACUACAAUUCCAAAGUAAGGCCCCGACAGUUCGCCGUAGGGGACCUAGUGCUUAGGAAAGUGUUCGAAGGAACAAAGGAACCGGGAGCUGGAAAGUUAGGAACCAACUGGGAAGGACCCUACCGAAUUAUCCACAUAGUACGACCCGGAGUUUACAAACUCCAGAAGGCAACUCCGUCAUGA